GCAAGUGUUGCGAGACUAAAUAUUUAGGAAGAUCUUUUGUGAUACUCAGCUUAAGCGAACCAAAUUAUUGCGACUCCGUAGUCUUGCUUGUUGGGGGUGGUCUUAAACAGCUACAGCAACAAUAAAAACAACAACAAUAUCAGCAACAACGGGUUAAUUAUCAAACCUUAGGCGGAGCUCAUCAGAAAAGCUUGAAAAAGAAAAUUAAAUGAAUUUAAAGAAAAAAAAAAAACUUAGUAAUUUCUUUUCCAAAAGUUCAUUACUCUUAAAGGUUCUUAGGAAUAUACAACCACCAAUAACGAAACCAAAGGAAAAUACUGUGAACAUUAUUCAGUAAUGUGGUCGAUUCUACGUAUGUAACCCUCCUCUUACGAAAAUCUGCUUGCGUAUACUAGAAGGCUGCACAUUCUGUACCGUGGGAAAUUUUCUAUAACUAUCUCCAAACAUGACCGAAUCGAAUCCAGCAGACGAUAACCAAUUUCAAGUAGAAAUUAUUUCGCCCCAACCUGAGAAGAAAUGCUUUAAUCUAAAGAGUUUUGCAGUGAUCGUCGGGUUUGCUAAUCUCCUGAUAUAUUCGGUGAGCUCGUACCUAGGAUCUCAGAUAACAACUAUUGAGAAACAAUUCAACUUAGCAAGUAGCGACAGUGGACUUCUAAUGAGUGGGAAUGAUAUUGGCUUCCUUGUAGCGUCUCUAUUUCUAACUUAUCUACUUAAAGACACCCACAGACCAAAGCUGUUAGGCAUCAGUGGCGUUUUAUCUGGUCUUGCCUGUAUGAUAUGCUCCCUGCCUCAUUUUGUUACACCAAAACCAAAUGCCGAAACUUCAUCAAAUAUUUCAGUGAUAAUCGUUGAAAAAGAAUUGUCCUACUGUGAACGUUCAAUGAAUGCCAAUGAAACUUGUGUACAAAAUGAAGUCGAUGAAACGACCUAUUCAAAAAACAUUGCUUUCGGAAUAAUACUAAUGUCAACAUUUGUCAUCGGAGUAUGUAAAUCCCCAAGAACUGCCCUAACAACUGCUUAUAUAGAUGACAACACCGAGUCUGUGUACACAAAUGCAUAUAUUAGUUGGCUUCCAGCGCCACCAGCAUUUGGCUAUGUCGUUGACUCCUCGUGUAAAACAUGGUCCAAAUUUGCCUGUGACCAGAAGGGUGCCUGUAAGGAAUAUGAUAUGGACACAUUUCGUUAUCGAUUUUUUCUAUUACAAUGUGGACUAAACAGCUUGGCCUUUUUAUUAAAAUUUUUAGCAGCUGUAAUUGGCUUGAAAUCGAAACGAUAUUUUACCGAAGAGAAGUCAGAAACUAAUUCUGCUAAUUAA